UAUUGAUGUUCCUCCCCGAAGCAUUUGUUUCUGUUUCACAAAGAAACAAACACUCCGGAGCAGAACCUCCCGGUGCUCUGACUCACGUCGGUCCGGUUCACCGCGGCCGCUGCUCUCCGGUCCUCCGUGGGGACGUUUGAGCGACGUGUCUCCAUGUGAAGAGACUCCAUGCAGCAGCCGAGGACCGAGGUGGUGCUGUAAAGUACACGGUGAUGCUGUAAAGUACACGGUGGUGCUGUAAAGUACACGGUGAUGCUGUAAAGUACACGGUGAUGCUGUAAAGUACACAGUGGUGCUGUAAAGUACACGGUGGUGCUGUAAAGUACACGGUGAUGCUGUAAAGUACACGGUGAUGCUGUAAAGUACACGGUGAUGCUGUAAAGUACACGGUGGUGCUGUAAAGUACACGGUGGUGCUGUAAAAUACACGGUGAUGCUGUAAAGUACACGGUGAUGCUGUAAAGUACACGGUGAUGCUGUAAAGUACACGGUGAUGCUGUAAAAUACACGGUGGUGCUGUAAAGUACACGGUGAUGCUGUAAAGUACACGGUGAUGCUGGAAAGUACACGGUGAUGCUGUAAAGUACACGGUGGUGCUGUAAAGUACGCGGUGAUGCUGUAAAGUACACGGUGGUGCUGUAAAGUACACGGUGAUGCUGUAAAGUACACGGUGAUGCUGGAAAGUACACGGUGAUGCUGUAAAGUACACGGUGGUGCUGUAAAGUACACGGUGAUGCUGUAAAAUACACGGUGGUGCUGUAAAGUACACGGUGAUGCUGUAAAAUACACGGUGGUGCUGUAAAGGUGAGCCUCUGUCAACAGACGGUGUGCUCUCCCUCCUUCAGGCAGGAUGCCGUCGGGCCACCGGCAGAGGGACGUGGAGCAGCAGCGCCCCCUGCUGGACGGGGAGGGCGGCGACCCGGAGGCGGCGGCGGAGGAGGAGGAGAGUCCCCGCGGCGCGGCCGAGCGGCGCCUCUGGUUCAUCCCGGACUGCUGCGGCGUGGCGUGCGCCUUCAUCACCUGGUCGCUCGUCUUCUUCGCCGACUUCGUGGUGACCUUCGUCAUGCUGCUGCCCUCCAGGAGCUUCUGGUACGCCGUGGUCAACGGCGUGGCCUUCAACAGCCUGGCGCUGCUGGCGCUGGCCGCACACCUCCGCACCAUGCUGACCGACCCGGGAGCCGUUCCUAAAGGAAACGCCACCAAGCAGCACCUGGAGAGCCUGCAGCUGAAGCCAGGAGAGGUCGUCUACAAAUGCCCCAAGUGCUGCAGCAUCAAGCCGGAGCGCGCGCACCACUGCAGCAUCUGUAAGCGCUGUAUCCUUAAGAUGGACCAUCACUGUCCGUGGGUCAACAACUGUGUCGGGGAGAAGAAUCAACGCUUCUUCGUCCUCUUCACGAUGUACGUCUCCAUGAUCUCCGGCCACGCUCUCGCUCUCUGUGGCUUCCACUUCAUCACCUGCGUCAGAGUCCAGUGGAGAGAGUGCAGUGACUUCUCCCCACCGGUGACGAUGAUGCUGAUGAUCUUCCUCUGCAUGGAGGCGCUCCUCUUCUUCACCUUCACGGCCGUCAUGUUCAGCACCCAGCUGCACUCCAUCUGCAACGACGAGACGGAGAACCAGCAGCCCACCUGGCAGCGUCAGACCCGCUGGGCCGGCCUGCGCUCCGUGUUCGGGGGCCCGCCCUCCCUCCUGUGGGUCAGCCCCUUCGCCGGAAUCAAACUACCAACCCUGCUGCCCCGGCGCUCCUGGAGGGGCGGAGCCGAGUUCUCCGUCUGACGCGCUGCCACUCAAACCGACAGGAGGAGGUCUCUGACCCCCUUCCUGUCGGGGGGCGGAGUCUCAUUCAGACUUACUUCCUGUCUGGGGGCAGAGUCUCAUUCAGACUUACUUCCUGUCUGGGGCGGAGUCUCAUUCAGACUUACUUCCUGUCUGGGGGCGGAGUCUCAUUCAGACUUACUUCCUGUCUGGGGGUUGGAGUCUCAUUCAGACUUUCUUCCUGUUUGGGGGCGGAGUCUCAUUCAGACUUACUUCCUGUCUGGGGGCGGAGUCUCAUUCAGACCUUCCUAUCGAGGGGCGGAGUCUCAUUGAGACCUCCUUCCUGUGUGGGGGCGGAGUCUCAUUCAGACUUACUUCCUGUCGAGGGGGCGGAGUCUCAUUCAGACUUGCGGCUUUUCUCAAUUCAAAGAACACGAGUACAGACUUGUGUUGUCUCGGGAGUCCAGACUCCGGAGGACGGGAGGACGUCUUUCUGGUCUUUCUGGUCUUUCUGAUUGGACCAGCAGCUGACUUGAUGACGUCACCACAUCAGCUGUUCUUGCUCCCCAGUUUACUCUAAUUAUUCACUGUAAAGUAUGUUUUACAGUCAAAUAAACAAAACAUCCUAACAUGACAUUCCGUGACUCAACAACAGUCGUAUUUAUAAAAAGUCAACUGUCAGUAGUUUAUUUUCUCCUCCGCUACUGUUUCCGGUUGCUGGUGAAAUGCAUUCUGGGAUAUCGGCUGGCCAGAGUACGCACAGGUCUCCUUUGAUGCAUCCUGGGUAAAGUGGGAGGAUCAAGUCACAUCCGGGUGUUUUGACCGUGCUUUGAGAGAAGAGAACUUUGAAUGUGAACAUGUCCUCAGAGACUGAUGACGAGUCACGAGGACACGAGGACACGAGGAGAGGGAAGGACACACAAGUACACUGAUUGAGAAACGCCGUUACUUCCUGUCGAGGGGCGGAGUCUCAUUGAGACCGUCUUCCUGUCUGGGGGCGUAGUCUCAUUCAGACUUACUUCCUAUCGAUGGGCGGAGUCUCAUUAAGACCUUCCUGUCUGGGGGCGGAGUCUCAUUCAGACUUACUUCCUAUCGAUGGGCGGAGUCUCAUUCAGACUUACUUCCUAUCGAUGGGCGGAGUCUCAUUAAGACCUUCCUGUCUGGGGGCGGAGUCUCAUUCAGACUUACUUCCUAUCGAUGGGCGGAGUCUCAUUAAGAUGCUGGAUAUCGAACAAUAAAACAUUGAAACAAUGGAACAAUGAAACAUUGGACAAUCAUGACUAAGAUUCUUCCUCGUCAUCAAAGAGUCGGUGGACUCCUGGACCUUUUUGUUGACUGUGUUUGUUUUGAAAUGAAAAGCAUGUGAAAAAGAAAAUAUUAAAAAUCAAAUCACUUUCAA